AUGAUGAUAAUACCUGGGCGUGGGAUGAGGGAUCAUCUUCAACAAUCACAUCCGAAUCCAUCAUGUGAAUAUUGUGGGAAGAAAUGUAAUUCAACAAAUGAUCUUGAUUUGCAUAAGUUAAAUGAAUGUAAUAAAAUUACUAUACCUUGUGCUCUCAAAGAUUAUGGAUGUUCAACAUCUGUUGUUCGUGCUGAAAUAGUCGAACAUUAUAAAACUGAACGACAUCAGAGUUCAAUAAUCACUUUUAUACGUAAGAUUUUAUCAAAAUCAAUAAAUGAUCAACAUGGCAGAGGCUCGACAAUGGAUGCUGAUACACUUCAUCAUACUACUAUGAUGUCAUCCGAUAACGUAAAUAAGCAAUUACAGGAAGUGUGUCAAACAGUUGACAUUCUCGCUGAUGGAGUUUCAACAUUGAAUGAAGAUACACAACGAUUGAGUCAUGAAUCACUUCAUAUAAAUAAUGCUUUUGAUGCAUUGAUCCGUGAAUUUGCGAUAUUGAAAUUAAGUAUUCAAGAACAAAGCACAUAUUUAGAUGGACUUAAACCUAAUCAGGAUAUUCUUAAUCAAGAUGUUGCGUCAUCAAAACAAAAACUUGACGAUAUACAAUUUGUUUCUUAUGAUGGUACAUUAUUAUGGAAAAUAACAAAUUUUAACAGUAGAAUGGCUGAUGCACAAUCCGAGCGACAAACCUCGAUCUAUUCACCAUCAUUUUAUUCAUCACCUACUGGGUAUAAAAUGAGAGGCCGCCUUUAUUUAAACGGCGAUGGCAAUGCUCGUCGUACGCAUAUGUCACUCUUUUUUGUGCUCAUGCGAAGUGAAUACGAUGCCAUUCUUAAAUUUCCUUUCAAUUACAAGGUAACAUUUUGUUUAUACGAUCAAACUACAGCACAACGACAUAUUAUUGAUUCAUUUCGACCGGACAUCAAAUCAAAUAGUUUUCAACGUCCAAGAUCUGAAAUGAAUAUUGCAAGUGGUAUUCCAAAGUUUUGCUCUUUGUCAACAAUUCAACAAGAAGGAAAUACUUAUGUUCGAGAUGAUACAAUGUUCAUCAAAAUUAUGGUUGAUUUUGUUGAUACGCCAAAAACAUUAUUGCCAUUUGCAUUAAAUAUUAAUCCAGGAUUUCCAGUGAGUAUUCAACAAGCAAUGAUUAAACAGGAAGCAGAAAAACGGGCUCAACAAACUUCCACUCCACCGGCUACUUAA